CCGCGCCUCUACCGCAAACGGCGGGCCUCACCUGGGGCCGGAGGCUCCCGGAGGAGCGCACCGACCGGCGGACCGGGAAGUGCCGGCGUCCCUGCCCCCUCCCACCGGCCCGCCACCUGGCCCAAGACUCGCCGCCUCUGCCGCCCCGCCCGCCCGCGGCAGGUGGGCGCUUCCCUCCACUCCCCGCGACACUUUGCAGACGCUCCCCGGCGCCGGGCAUGGGCGCCGUCGCUGUCGGUCCCCUAGCCGGAUUCCGCGCGCGGGUGGUGCCCCUGAGGCGCUAAGCUGCCUGGGUCCUCCGGAGGCCACGUCAUGAAUGACCGAAACAGCCGGAGGAGGACACUGAAGAAAGACGAUGAGGCCUUCGAGAUCUCCAUCCCCUUCGAUGAGACGCCCCAUCUAGACCCACAGAUCUUUUACAGUCUGAGCCCCUCUCGGGGAAACUUCGAGGAGCCUCCGGAGGCCGCAUCCCCGACCGUGGCCCUGAUGAAUGGUGUCAGGGCCCAGCUGCACAUGGCCUUGGAGAGGAACUCAUGGUUGCAGAAGCGUAUCGAGGACCUGGAGGAGGAGAGGGACUUCCUGCGGUGUCAGCUAGACAAGUUUAUCUCCUCUGCCCGCAUGGAUGCAGAGGACCACUGCCGCGUGAAGCCUGGGCCGAGGCGGGUUGACGGGGACAGCCGGGGUGGGGCUGGGGGUGAGGCCUCAGACCCAGAGUCAGCGGCCUCCUCGCUCAGCGGAGCGUCUGAAGAAGGCAGUACCAUGGAGCGGAAGAGGCAGAAGCAGAAGGGAGGUGCUGGCCGGAGGCGCUUUGGGAAGCCCAAGGCCCGGGAGAGGCAGCGGGUGAAGGAUGCAGACGGCGUCCUCUGCCGCUACAAGAAGAUCCUGGGCACCUUCCAGAAGCUGAAGAGCAUGUCUCGGGCCUUUGAGCACCACCGAGUAGAUCGCAACACGGUGGCGCUGACCACGCCCAUCGCGGAGCUGCUCAUCGUGGCCCCGGAGAAGCUGGCGGAAGUGGGCGAGUUCGACCCUUCUAAGGAGCGUCUGCUCGAGUACUCGCGUCGCUGCUUCCUGGCCCUGGACGACGAGACCCUCAAGAAGGUGCAGGCUCUCAAGAAGAGCAAGCUCCUGCUUCCCAUCACCUACCGCUUCAAGCGGUGAUCCUGCCACCUGGCCCAGGACGCGUCCUUUGGCCCCCACUUCCCUCCCUCGUGCGCCCCUCCUGGCACCGGGCAAGCGUGUGCAUGAGUGGUGUGCUCCUCCAGGGGGCCCGGGGUGUUUCUGCGUGUGCCUCGCCUGCUGCAGAUCCCCACUCCCGGUCCCCGGUAUAUAGAUCUGGUCCCCUCCUUGCCUUUCACGGUCCUAGCACCCUCCCCUUCCUCUGCAUUCCCUGGGGACCCAGUCUCCCAAGAGCUAUCGCCCAGGGGUCGGUUUCUGCUCUUUCCCAAACACUGGCACCCCUCCCAAGCGAGCUGCACCGUCCUGCCCUCACCGGGCCCUUCCUCCUGGGGACACUGCGAGACUCUCUGCGGGGCUAGGCACUGUACAUACCCCGUCUCUACCCCCAGCCCCGAGGAGAGGCUGGCCCACUCUGCCAGGAGCUCCCCACCCGCAUUCCGGACGAGAAAGAAUUAUUCAGAGAAUUUAAAUUAAACAGAGACGAUAAAAUUUGGAGUAAA